AUGGCCGACGAGCUUUUGGACAAGGUCCGCGACGUCGUGGAGGGGGAGAUCUUGCUGUCGCUCAACAUCGGCUACGCCAAGCAAGAUAUCGUGCUGGCCAUGUAUAUUGGUCUGGCGGGCACCGCCCUGACCUUCCUCGUUGUCGUACCGCCCUGGCCCUUUUUCAAGCGAAACCCGGUGAAAUGGCUUCCUGCUGGAUAUGGGACGACCACAUUAUAG